UCUUUUAUUUUGAAAUGUAAUACAAAUGGUAGUAAAUGUAAAAGAUGUAGUGGUGUUAUGUAUUAUAAAAUCGAAACGGAUAUCAGUAUUUGUCAGCGCAUAUUUUGUAAAAGUGACGUAGCUUUAAUUUGAUUGAAACUAAAGUCACCGGGAUUAUCAAAAUAUUCCGGUCUGCUACUGAUGCAACCGAACGGUCGCAUGCCUAUAGGUUAGUUUGUAAGUCUAAUGUAGGUAUAGGAUUUGAUAUUUCUUGCGCGAAAUUUUUCCAUAUUUUAUAACCAUAUACAUCACGAGGUUGUAUUAAUGCAGUAGCGUUUUUUUUUAUGCUUAAAACUGUCAAAGUUUUAUUUGGCGAAAUGAUAUUUCUUAUCAAAAUUAAAAAAAAUUAUAAAAUGAUAACAAAACUGAUAUUUCCAAAGUUACCCAACCUAACAAUAUACAUUUUACAAUCGUGAGGUAAUUCUUAAUCGACAGAUGCAAUUUCUUUAAUUGCAUGUAUUCUACAAUAUUAUGAAGAUAUUACGCUUCACAAAAAUACAAUUUACGCGUUUAGAUCUUCCGUGCGUCGCACACGGUCACCAGUAUGCGCCCAGAACGCGGAACACAUAGGAUAUUUGACUCUGGCCCCAUAUUUUUAUAGAGGCACUUAUCGACCCCUAAAUUCUUUUUUUAAAUAAAUUAGUACAAAAAAUAUAAUAUAAUACAAUUGCCAGAAUACUAUGUACACAAGUCAAUCGUGAACCGAACGGAAGGUAUAAAAUCUAAUAGAUGGCAGAUCCAUCUACAUUUGCAUGUAGUUGUGCGAAUAUCUAUAGUCCCAUUGAUGCCUUCAUUUGUUCUGUGUGCGCGGCUUUCAAGAUAAAUUGAUAAUUCUGUGUUUUUAAUAUAUUCAAUAACAACGUGUUAUUCAUGAGCAUGAGUUAUUUUGUUUAUCAGUUCGAGCUGCGUUUUUUCUAGCUUCGUCAAUUAUACUUUAAAAAAUUGAAUAACAGAAAAUUGUUUCGAUAUUUCUCGAUCUUUCGAAAUUUAUAGGGUGCUGUUCAUAAGGUGUGACGAAAUAAAACAAUUUUUUUAUUUGACACAUAUUUCAAGUAUAAAAGGGUAACAGGUAACAAAAAAAGAAAGUGUCCUGUGGUGAAAGUUGGACGUAAUUUUCGUUGCAGAAACUAGUUUCUUCCAUUUGCUGUUCAUAUAAUGACCUCAGUGGCCAACCAGGAUGAGACUCAUAUGACAACACCAGAACUAAUUGCGACACAUAAUUAUAUACCCGAAACACAUCACAUUUGGACAGAAGAUGGAUAUUGUUUAAGUGUACAUAGGGUUCUCCCUGAGAAACCAUAUGAGCAUUCCCAUGACUUUAAUGAAAAUGAAAAUAUUUUAAAUGAUAACAUAAUAAAGCAUUCAAGUUAUGAUAUCACACAUAAUAUAAACAAACGAGUACCAAUUCUUAUUCAUCAUGGACUCCUAUCAAGUUCAGCUGAUUGGGUAUUAUUGGGUCCAGGAAAAGCUUUAGCAUAUCUUUUGUGUGACGAUAAUUAUGAUGUUUGGUUGGGAAAUGCAAGGGGUAAUGCAUAUUCCAGAAAACACAAGCAGUAUACAACUAGGGACAGAGAAUUCUGGAAUUUCAGUUGGCAUGAAAUUGGCUAUUAUGAUUUACCAGCAACAAUAGACUAUAUUUUAGAACAUACUGGACAUACAGAACUCUAUUACAUGGGUUAUAGCCAGGGUACCACUGCAUUUUAUGUAAUGAUCAGUGAAAAACCUGAAUAUAAUCGGAAAAUUAAAGGAAUGGUUAGUUUGGCACCAGUAGCAUUUCUCUCAAAUCAGAGAAGUCCUUUGCUUAAAUUAGUUGUUCAUUUUUAUGGAUUACUGGAGUGGGGAUCUUCUUACUGUAAUCUACAUCAGUGGUUUCCACGCAACAAAUUACAAGCACAAGCUUUGGGAACCUUAAUUAGGAAUGCUCCAGACCGUUUUACUAAAGGUUUCUGUGUGUGCUGGUUCUCUUUAAUUGCUGGAUUUGGUAGUGACCAGCUAGAUAAAUCUAUGCUGCCACUGAUUUUAGGACAUUUUCCAGCUGGUGCUUCUGCUAAGCAGAUUAUUCAUUAUAGCCAAAGUAUAUUGUCAGGAGCUUUUCGUAAAUUUGAUUAUGGGCCAACAGAAAAUUUAAAAAUUUAUGGAUCAACACAACCGCCAAAAUAUGAUCUUGAAAAAAUAAAAGUUCCAGUUGCAAUGUUUUAUAGUGAUCAUGAUUUUUUAACAGAUCCUGCAGAUGUCAAAAAGCUGACGGAUAGACUACCAAAUGUUAUAGGAACAUGGAAAAUCAGCUAUCCAAAAUUUAACCAUGUAGAUUAUUUAUGGGGUAGAGAUGUUAAAUCAUUGAUCUAUAAUCCCAUCAUCGCAGUUUUAAAGAAACUUAAAUAAAAAAACUAUUAUAAAGUUGUUUAUUUUUAAUUUUAUUGUUAUUGUAAAUGUAAAGUGAAGGAUAAUACUCAAAGGAGCAAUAGUUCAAUUAAAUAUAUUUUUUCCACCA